GUUGUAAACACAACACGUUUUUGUAUUCAGGUCCACCUGUCAUGUGGAAGCAGGGUCUCAUAUGGCAAGAAUGAUGGAGCUUUAUUGUGCAUUAAUUAAAAAAAUGCACUGUGCGGAAAAAAUAGUUUACUCAGAGUUUGUGACUCAUUCUUUUCUUUUCGUUUCCACAGUCUUUAUAAACAAGUAUGUUCUCUCUGUUUUAAGUUUCACGUACCCCACAGUGUUCCAAGCUUGGCAAACUUUAGUGGGAGCAGUCAUUUUUAAAUACUUGAAUGCAAAGAAAAUGCUAGAUGUUGUUCCGUUGGAUAGAUCAGCAGCUUUGCAGUUGCUGCCACACUGCGUCUUCUUUGUUGGUGGUAUUGUUGCUGGAUCGAAAGCAUUAUCGAAACUUCCUAUUCCGGUAUUCGUGAGUGUGGGUAGCCUUCCAAGAGUUUGUGUGUUCCUGCUGGACUAUGUGUCAUCAGCUAUCAAGGCUACAGCAUUGCAGCUGACUGCAGGGUUGGUUUGCUUAUUGGCAGCUACAUCUGUCAUCUUGCUGGACGUGAGUCUGCCUUUUGCAGAUUCGGGAUACACCUGGCUGUUGGCACAUGUUGUUUUCAUAACAGCUCAAAUUCUGCAUGGCAGGAUAACUGACAGUCACUACACAGAGACAGAUAAGCUGUAUUAUAGCAACAUUUUUAGUGUUGUCGUGUUGGCCCCUGCAAGCUUUUACUUGGAGGAGGCAUUCUCCGUGUUGCACUUCCGCCACAGGCGGCAGAUAAGAUUCUAUAUUGGUUGUCUGUGCAGCGGAGUGCUGGGAACAUGUCUGCAGCUAUGGGCUCCACAGACAAGGGCCGCUCCACAGGCUAAUGCUGUGGCACGUAUGGUUGCCUGCUUGUUAGCAUUGCCUGUAUUUGGACGUCAUAGUCCCGACUGGCAGACUGUGUCUGGAGUCGCAGUGAUAGGUCUCGUUUGUGCAACCAUUGUACCAUCUUUAGAUGAAGUGGAACCAAAAGAGAAACAUACAGAUUUACUAUCAGUAUGAUUGUCAAGAGGCUGAUAUUUCUCCAGAUAGAAAACUGCAUUUAUUGUAAUUUGACCAUAGAUGAAUUUUUUAUUUUUUUAUUUUUCUGUAAGCAGAAAUAAGUCAAGACUUCUGCAAAAGAACUGACAAAGACAUUUUUUCUGUAUUUCAGUGCUCAAUUAUAAGUACUUGAUUAUUGUAUUAGGGACCAUGUUUGUUAAUAUUGAUUUUUUUGUACAUUGUGGUGCUGGAAGGCAAAACUUCAGAUUAUGAUAAAUGGAAAUCAUGUACCUUAUUAUGAGAAAUGGGAAUUAUGUACCUUAAAUUUGAGAGAAAAGUCUCCUUUCAUUUGAAACUUGCACAUUCCUCAUCCAAGCAAAACUGUUUCCUGCUAGGAUUUUGCUAUUUUGACUAAUGCAUAUCUCAUUUUGCAUUGAGUGUGGUAGGAAACUUGU